CUGUCCUCCAGAUCUAUCAACAACGUCCUUGUGGCGCCUGAAAUCUUCUCCAAAAUCAAACUACCUGGAUCUUUUUACUUUUCAUAGUAAAGUUACUUUGUCUUAUGAGUUUGCCCGUUCUUACCAUCUCAUUCUUUUUGUCCAAUCGUUCUACCCUAACUUUAUAUUUCCGGCUUUUCGACCACAGCUUUACAUAGGUAUCAAGAGCAAUUGUCUUAUCCGAGGGACCGACGAUUAUCAAAUCGGAUCGGAUCGAGAACAUUGAAAAGUGCAACAACUCUAUCAAGCAACCAGACGUCACCAUAGGACAUAUGAAGAUACACCACUUGGAGCCAUAUCAUAUCAUCUGAUCCUUCCCUCUUACACGUACAAUCAAAUUCCCAGCCUGAGGGAUCAUUUGAUUAUCAAGCCUGGAUUGGAACAUUGAGAAGUCUCCAUAUCUAUAGACUUGGAACUAUGAACCCCGUCCAGCAAAGCGCGUCAUCGCCUGGUGGAAAAUCUCUCAAUACCGCACAUAAUCCCACUCAACAACAGCAGAGUCAAAUCACAUCUCCAAGUUUCGAGUCAAAUACAAGGCGCUCUGGUAGUCAAUCAAGUGGUGUAUCUGCGGCUGCUAGAAACAACCAAAGUCAACGAAAACAACAUAGAAAUUCCAAGAAACCUAGGCUCGCGGAUGAGGAUGCUAUGGCGGAAUCCGCGGCUAUGAGAAAUGCCAAUAGUCGAAGAGGACAAACAUCAAUUACACAUCUUAUGAGUUUCGCUCUUCCACCUAGGCCACAGGAUUAUCGAAACACAAUCGCAAGAGGAACAAGACGUGGGAAUAUAUAUGGAAUUGGAUCUGGUCAUCAUUCUAGUGAUAAAGCUAGGUAUAUUCACGCCAAUUACCGAUUUAUAGUCAGGCCAAAUGGAGAUUACAAGCAACAAGCUCUGUUCGCAGACCAGCCUUUAGACUGGAAUGAUGUUCUUCAAAUUCUUGCAUCUGCCGAAUCACAAGAUACGUCAUGUCCAAUCUGUCUCUCGCAUCCUGUAGCUCCUCGAAUGGCAAAAUGCGGACACAUUUUUUGUUUACCAUGUCUCAUUCGCUACAUGCACUCAACCGACGACACAAAUCCUCUACCGGAGAAAAAGGCUCGAUGGAAGGCAUGUCCAAUCUGUUGGGAUACUGUCUAUAGCUCAGAAACGAGACCCGUCAGAUGGUAUAUUGGACAAGAAGGGCCGGCCCCUCGUGAAGGAGAAGAUGUGGUAUUACGAUUAGUUAUGCGACAACCUGGAAGCACUUUGGCACUGCCAAGAGAUGGUGCGGAUGUACUCGACAAAUCGGAAGAUAUUCCAUGGUAUUUCGCUGCCGAGGUUACGGAUUAUGCUCGAAUCAUGAAAGGAAGUGAGGAAUAUAUGAUAGAACAAUUUGGAUUGGAAAUCGAGGCAUUGAAACAACAAGAGAAUGAGGAUGAAUUGAUGUUUGGAGAAGAACCCGAGUGGACUCGGAAAGCGGUCAAUUCUGUAAACGAUGCGAAGGAGAAAGUAAAAGGUAUUGGUGGACCGCCACCUCCACCAAGUCAGCCAACAGAGAAGAAGCCCAAAAGGCAACCCAUACAGUUCAAUCCUGUCGAUGAAAAUUCUCCAGAGAUGUAUUAUGUCCAGCAAACCUCAACGCUAUCUCCAUCAGCUGUUCCUUUCCAAUUGGAUUCGACAGUGACUCCACCACCACCUUCGUCCAAUCCUGUUCCGAUCUCAGAUCCUUCACAAUCCCAUUCAGGGAGCAUGCAACAAACCGACAGGCAAUUACGUCCAAAGAAUGCCCAAACAAAUGAGAGACAUUCAGAUGCCCCAUAUUUAUUUUAUCAAGCUCUUCUUCAUUAUUAUCUUGCUCCCCUCGAUAUCAGAAUUCUCAAAUCAGCAUUUGGAAAUUUUGCAUCAUUUCCUUCAACAUUACUUCCCCGCGUCGAACGAGUAUCCACUCACGUGAUGGAUGAUGAAUUGAGAAAAAGAACCAAAUAUUUAGCACAUUUACCAUUUGGCUGCGAAGUAGGAUUUUUGGAAUGCAAUUGGACUGAUGUUGUUCAACCGGAAAUCUUGAAUCAGUUCAAAGAGGAUAUUGAGCGACGAAGAAAACGUAAUAGGGACAAGGAGGUUCGAGAGGAGAAAGAUAGACAACGUGCUGAAAAAGCAGAGGAUAAUGCACGUUGGGCCACGGCUAGACAGAAGCAACCCGAAAUAUCCCCGGCAAAUUAUUCCGACAUCGAUUACACCCAGCUCGCAUCAGCAUCUAUUGACCCGAUCGAUGCAUCUCCUCCCUGGACUUCACGUCAAGGCUCUUCUUUCGGAGCGUUAGCUUCACCAUCUACGAGCCCUCCUGCGCCAAGAACUGUUUGGGGAACGACACUGGUGACACCAUCUUCGCCUGAUCUUCAUCCUCAGUACAAUAGUAAUGCGGACGAUGGUUGGCUACCGGGUUGGGAACAAGAGCUUCAAGCAGAGAAUGAUGCAUUGAUUGCUCAAAUUCAAGCGGCGUCCUUGAACGGAGAAAGUAGUUCAAGUGCUACACCUCCACCAGCACCUCAAGGGAAGAAGAAAAAGGGUAAGAAAAUUACAUUAAUGAGUACAACAGCCAGAAGAGCUGCAUGAUUGUUCGCGAGGAUUGGAAGUAUGUAAUUUUUUCGAAGAAUUUGGCGUUCAUAGUGAUAUCACUACAGAGACACGAUGCAAUAUAUUCAUUUUCAAUGUUCAACAACAUGCCGAAUAAUGCAGGGUUUCCCAUAGUCUGGAUUGUAU